UGUUUCCUAUUGUAAAUAUGUGUUGCGUUGUUGUUUCUAUGGGCCAAGUCGUUGGCUGUGUGCGUUUGUUGGUUGAGUUUGUGUGUAGAGUUGUAUUAGUUUCUUGCCUUGUGCUUGCUCUCUGUACCUUCGUUUGACGAUGCAUGACGUUAGUUCACUUCGAUAGCUCUACGAGUUUACACGUGAAUUUAUUAAAGACUCCGCAGAAAAACAACUCACACAAGAUUAAACCAAAAAAUAAAAAAAAAUUGAAAUAUUCUUUCAAGUUAAAAAAUAAGAAAGAAAUUCAAAUAAAUUAGAAAGAAAUUAUAAAAACACACACACAUACGAAUUGCAUCAAAAUUCAAAGUUGUUUCGUAAAAACACAAAAAAGUUAAUUUAAACAAACAUUUCCAAACUAGAUCUUGAGCAUAAAACUCCUACGAUUUUUUAAUUCAAGACGUAAAAGAAAAAUCGGGUUUUUUUAAAAAAAAAUACCGCGAGUGUUGCUUAAUUCACCACCAUAUAAACAAAAAAAAAAUAAUUGUUUAAAUUAAACGGUUAAAAAAUUACAAAUUGUUUAACAAACCUACCAAAAAAUAAAUAAAAUCAAUAAAUUGUUAAAACAAUUAAAGCAAAAAAUAACACCAAUAUUCAAAGUUUUGUUUGAAAUUAAAUUUAAAUGCAAAGAAGUUUUAAAUAAAUGAGAAAAGUGUAAAUCAUGUUCAUUCAGUGUUUAAGAAACAAACAAGCUAAUUAAAAUAAAAUUAAAAACGCUUCAACACCUGCCACCCAGUCACAAAAAAAAGCUGCCUAAUAAAUAAAAUUUGUUGAACAAAAUAAAAAAUUGCCAAAAGCCGUCGGUUUUUUCUGAACUCUCAACAUUUAAUAGCAGUCCCCAAAAGCACUUACAACUUGUUGCUUUGGGCGAGAAAAUCAUUUUUUAACACGUCCCCCUCAAUAUAGUUGAGCUCUGCUUUUUUUCGAAAAAGCCGCUCAACCUUUUGCUGGAUAAAAUUCUCGUUUGUUUUCGUUACGACGCAAGACUUCAAGACGGUUGCCUCACGGUUUGAGUGGAAUGAGCAUAGGGACCCUGGUCUUUCUUUUGAUAGAUCGGUUUUCAAAGUCGUUAAACUGAGCCCCAACUUGGAGCCCUACCCCGCCAGCGUGGAGGGCUUGAACAGCCCUAGAGCGGUGGGGAUGGCCGCCACCUCAUACAUGACACCGUCCAGCGGUGAUCUCGAUAUGGCUUUAGGAGGCGGUUACCACACAUCAUCGCCUCGCUCGGCCACCGAUGCCGGCGAAAUGAAAUACAUGCAACACCACCAUCACCAUCAUGCCGCCGCCGCUGCAGCAGCCGCUCACCACCAGCUACCAUCAUCGCCCAGUCCCAGCACCAUAGGCGCUGGCGGUGGCGGAGGCGGUGGUUCCGGCUCCGGCGUCUCAGCCAGCCUUAGCUCCGUUACACCCACUGGUGGCUUAAGCUCAAAUCCCUGGACUUCAUUACCUCCCACAGACCCCUGGGCCCUGCAGUCCCAUCACUCUCAUCAUCAUCCCGCCGAUGCCGUUAAACAAGAAAUGUCACAUCUCUCACAACAACACAGAGUACAACAGGGCAUGGCCUCGCCCCAUGCCUGGCAUGCACCCGUUCAUGCAGCUGCUCACUAUGCUCCCACUGGUGGUUCGCCGCUGCAAUACCAUCAUGCCAUGAACGGAAUGUUACAUCCCGCACAUCCAGCCCAUCACCAAAGUGUGGCUCCCCUACAUCAUGCCUUAAGAGGUGAAUCGCCUUCGCUACCCAUACAUCCCCAUCACAUGCACGGUGACCGGGAUGUCAGUGGCGGCGAGGAAGAUACACCCACCUCCGACGAUCUGGAGGCUUUCGCAAAACAAUUCAAACAGCGCCGCAUAAAGCUGGGAUUCACACAGGCCGAUGUAGGUCUGGCGUUAGGCACUCUCUAUGGCAAUGUUUUCUCCCAAACCACCAUCUGUCGUUUCGAGGCUUUGCAGCUGAGCUUUAAGAACAUGUGCAAACUGAAACCUUUGCUGCAGAAAUGGCUGGAAGAAGCCGACUCCACAACAGGCUCACCCACCAGCAUUGAUAAGAUCGCUGCUCAGGGUAGAAAGCGCAAGAAGCGCACCAGCAUAGAGGUCAGUGUUAAGGGAGCCCUUGAACAACAUUUCCACAAACAGCCAAAGCCUUCUGCCCAAGAAAUCUCCUCGUUGGCCGACAGUCUGCAGCUGGAAAAGGAAGUGGUGCGAGUGUGGUUCUGCAAUCGUAGACAGAAAGAGAAGCGCAUGACGCCGCCCAAUACCAUGGGUGGAGACAUGAUGGACGGUAUGCCUCCCGGCCAUAUGCAUGGCCAUGGCGGCUAUCAUCCCCACCACGACAUGCACGGCAGUCCCAUGGGCACACACAGUCACAGCCACAGUCCGCCAAUGCUGAGUCCACAAAACAUGCAAUCGGCCGCGGGCCAUCAGUUGACGGCUCACUAGCAAUCAGAAAUCCAGGAGUCGAACUCAGCUGCAGCUGCGUCCACUCCUGCCUCCCUACAUCAGCAACAACAACAGCAGCAACAUCAACAUAACCAACACCAACAGCAACAACAACAGCAGCAUGGCCCCAAUACACCCUCCUCGUCAGCAGGGUCGUCGGCCACCAUGACCACGAAUGUUAUGUCACCUCAAAGUCCGCUGGGAUCAACAAAUGCUAACAAUAACAACAACAACAAUAAUAAUAGCAACAACAACAACAAUGAUAACGAGCAUUUAUCACAGGUUAAGCAACAACAACAGCAGCAACAACAAGCCUCCUCCAUAGCAGCCGCUGCAGCAGCUGCCAUGUACAUAGAUCCCAUGCGUUACCACAAUGCCGCCGCUGCUCACCAUCAUCACCACCAGCAUCCUCACUUAAAUCCCGCCCAUCAUCCGCAUCUGUUCCACACCAGCGAUCAGGCCUUGCAACACUCCUCCACCCAGCACCAUCACCUCCAACAGCCCCAAGCAUCACCGGGCGGCAACAGUACGAGCGGUGUUCUGCAGGCCUCCUCAUCGGCUGCCUCACCUUCCUCGGUGUCUUCGGCCCUGGGCGUGAGCGGAGCCAGCAGCAUGCAUCACUUGAAUUUGAAUCCACAUUCGUUGCACCAGCACCAUCACCAGCAGCAGCAUCAUCAUCACCACCAGCAGCAGCAACAGCAAUUGCAUGCCCGUCGUCUCUUCGAGUGGAGUUUGCAAUUCGGCGCUGCCGCCGCUCCCGGAGCAGUAAGACAUUUUAAUACGUUUGGCGGUUCCGGUGAAUAGCAUACGUCAGCUGCUGCCGCAGCAGCAGCCUCAGCCGCAUGGUUUGGUUAUGAAUCGUCUUAAAAUAAAUAGACUUUCGCAAGAUUAGAAAUAGAACGGAUAUGAAGUCUUUUUUGAAAAUUAGGCCGCUAAAAGAGAAACUUCUUUUUUAUGUUUUCGCUGAUAUUCCAAGAAAAUUGGGGCUAGAACAAGUGGUGAAAUAAGUCAAUCAUGAGAAAUGCUCAAGACAUUUUUGGAAUUUGCACAAUGUUAAAACUUCUUUGAAGGUCAGGAAAACAAAAUUAGAAGAGCGUUUAGGAAAUUUCUAAAUAUUCAGGGAAGCAAAGUUUUCAGUUCUUUAGACUGUUGUUAGUAUUCUACAUUUAUUUUUUCUAAACGAAAGAAGACGUUACUCCAAUUGAGCUGCUUUUAGCAGGAUAAAGGGACUAAGUACGUACAGAACGUCCAAGACAGGAAGGAGCGAGCUAAACCAGUGCAUUAGUCUGUGUUAAAAUUAAGUGAAUUUUAUGGAAUUCUUAAAGAAACUCAAUUUUUUUUUUAAAUAAAACAACAAAGUUUUUAAAAAACUUUUAUAAAUUUAAUAAUGAAAAAAAGGCAAUUCAAAUCAAACGAGUUACAAAGUGAUGUUUUAUAAACAAUUAUAAAUUAAAUACUUUUUUUUUUAAUAAUUUUAUUAUAAUUUUUAUUAUUUUUUUUCUGUUAAAAAAAUACAAUUAAAUUUUAAGCCAGAUAAACAAAAAGCAAACAAAUUAAAUGAAAUUUAUAAAAAAAAUGUUGAAACAAAAUCAAUGGAAAUUCAAAGAAAAAAAGUGUAACUAUUGAAAAAGUUGAAAAAUGUGUUGAAAAGUAAACAAAUUUGUAAGGACUUGUUAACCUGCCGGCGUUAAAACCACCAGGUAAAUGUUUCCAAAAGGUAUUUCAUUAAUUUUAUGGCAAAAACCAAACAAUCAAACACUUUUUAACACUUUUUCUCCCUUAAAACAACAAAAACACUUUCUUUUUUUAUUCAUUGAAAAUUUUAACAAAUAUAUUUCAAAAUUUUUUUUAAAAAUUUUAUUUAAUUUUUUUGUUUUUUGUUUAUUUUUUUCAAAAUGAAAUCUUAAUGUAAAUCUAUAAAUCCAAUCCUCUCCACUCCACUCCUCUUGUGUAAAUAGUUAAGUCAUUAGUCGGUAGGAAUUUUUAUCUUAAUAAUUUUUAAAUAUAUUACAAGAAACAACAACAACAACAAAAAUAAUAUUUAAACACUUAAAAAAAUAAAUAAAACGAUGGAUGGAUGGAUGAAUGAAUUGAAUUGAAUGAAAAGACAACCAGAGAAAUCACUAAGAAUUCUUUAGUUAUUUUAGUCAAAAAACACAAGAAAAACAAAUAAAAGUUGUAGGUUAAAAUCAUAAUUAAUUAAUAAAUAAAUAAAAUAAUAAUAGUUAUUUAAACAAAAAACCACAACAUCAACAAGAUUUAUACGCCUCUUAAAAUAACAAGAAAGAAAGAAUGAAAAAAAAUCCACAAACAAAAAACUUAGUUAAAAUUUAACAAAAUUUUUCUUUAGUCUGUAAGUUGUGUAUAGAAAUUUAUAUAAAAAUUUAAAAUAAAUAAAAGUUAAACUUAAUUUAAUUUUGUAUAAAAGAAACUCCCCCCCAAGCCCCUCUCAAACCUUUUUUGUUUUAAACUUUAUACUUAAUUUUAGUUUAUUUCAUACAAAGAAGAACAAAAAUAAAUAAAUAAAAAAUCAAGAAAAUAUACAUAAAUACUGCAUAUUCCUUUUAUUUCUGUGAGUGUAAUAUUUUCUAAUAUAAAUCAUUUUUAUUUCCUCUCGCUGUAAAAACAUUUUAAAUUUAUAAUAUAUUUUCUGUUUAGUUUUAUUUUUUAUUAUUUUAUAAAUAUUUCUCUUUAAAAAAAAUAAACAAACAAACAAAAAACAAAUUCCUAAACUAAAUUUUAUCUAUAAUUGUGAAAAUUUUUAAGUGUUGAACAUUUGUAAGAAAUUUAAACAAGAAAAUUAUGUAAUAAAUAUUAUUAUUAUUAAUGGUAAAAUUAUUAUGGCUAAAAUAAUAAAAAAAACAAACAAACAAACAAUUAUUAUAAUUAUUAUAAAAUUGAAAACAAAAAAAAAAACAUUCCUUCAAUAGAAUUGUAUAAUAUUUAAACCAACAAAAUAAAUUAAAAAAAAAACUUUAAAAUAAUUAAAUGGAAUAAAUGAUAAAUAAGAAACAAAACAAGUCAUCGGUUCUUACCACCACCAUUCUAUACAAAAACAACAAAAACAAAAAAAAAAUACAAAAACAAAACAAAAAAAAAACAAAAUAAAUAUUAUUAAAAAAAUUUUAAUCAAA